AUGUCAGGGUGUCGUGCGGUCACAAGACCGCUGACGAGGCAAUUGACACCACAAUGCGUCAUCCGGACGUUUUCGAGCACCCCCGUGCGCGCCUCCGAGACGACGACGACAACUCAGGAGCCCACAUCAACGACGACGACGACAGGCACGACGACGCCGAGCGCUCCGGACCUCCUCGACCCCAACACGGUCCCGCGCGAGCGCGAGCAGGAGCUUAUGGACCAGGGCACGAUGCCCAUCGGGUCGCGGCGCCGCCGCGAGGCGAUCCGCACCACGGGCAGCCUGCCCUUUGAGCAGCUGCCGUACCAGGCGUUCCAGGAGGCGCGCAAGAUCCUCGCCGCGGACCGCGCGACCAAGGUGGCCAGCCUGCAGGCCACGGUCGCCAAGGCGGCCGCGCUCGAGGCGCAGGACGCGGCCACGGUCAAGGGCGGCGAGACGAUGAAGCAGAUCCGGCUGCGGAGCCUGCGCAAGGAGGCGCACCGGCUGACGAUCCUGGCGGACAUCAACGACCCCCUCGUCAAGCGACGCUUCGAAGACGGCCUCGGUGACAUGACCAAGCCCAUCUACCGCCACCUCGCCGAGAAAAAGUGGCGCGCGUACGACUACAAGCUCAUCCAGCAGCGCAUCGCGCAGUUCAGCAUCGUCCCCGACGUGCUGCCCAAGCUGGACCCCGUCGUCGACGUGCAGCUCUACUUUGACGGGGCCAAGAUCCCUCCCGGGGGCGUCGUGCCCAGCCACGUCUCGGAGCGCGCGCCGCGCCUCAAGGUGCAGGCCUUUGACGGGCAGGGCGAGCGGCUCGUGACCGUCGUCGUCGUCGACGCCGACGUGCCCGACGUCGAGGCCAACGCCUUCUUCAAGCGCUGCCACUACGUCGCCGCCAACGUGCCCCUGUGCCCGUCCCGGCCCGUGCUCGCCCUGCCGCUGCUCGCCGACGCCGACGUGCCCGUGCCGUGGCUGCCGCCGCACGCCAUCAAGGGCGCGCCCUACCACCGUCUCGCCGUCUUCGUGCUCGAGCAGACCCCCGGGCAGACGGUCGACGCCGCCAGGAUCAAGGCGCUCUACGCCGCCGCGCGCGACCGCUUCUCGCUCAAGUCGUUUCGCGACAAGUUUGCCCUCACGCCCGUCGGCUUCACCAUGUUCCGCAGCGAGUGGGACGAGCACACGGCCGAGGUCAUGGCCCGCAGCGGCGUCGACGGCGCCGAUGUCGAGCUCCGUCCGCAGCGCGUCUACAGCCUCAAGCCCGCCAUCAAGGCGCGCGGCUGGGAGGCCAAGCACCAGAGCGCAAAGUACCUCCACCUGAACAAGUACACGAAGCGCAUCAAGGGCAUCUCCAACGCGCGGGGAUGGACCAAGCGUCGCUGA